AUAUAUACAUAUACAUAUUCAUAUAUACACAGAGACCAAAACCAGAAUCAAAAUACGAGAAAACCAGAGAUGGAGAGUGAUGAAAAUGGUUUGAAACAACAAUUGGAGGAAUUGCAGAGAGAUCUAUCAAAGAAGCAAAAGUUCGAGGACGCGGUAUCAGCCCUCAAAUCUCUUCUUCUUCAUCGUUACACCUCUUCUUCCCCUUCUAUUCAAAGAUUGUUCUAUUCUGUUCUUUGCCGAGUUGCGACGGUCUUAAAGACGAGGUACACCUCGCCAGGGUUCUGGGCUGCCGGAAUGGGCUUAUUCGAACAGGCCCACGGCCUGGUUUCCGACUCUUCUCAGAAGACCCAUUUGCUGUCUUGUAUUUCUCAGGCUAAGGAGGUUUUGCACCAGGAAGAUAAUCCCUCCCAUUCAUCCCAAUCCACCAGCUCACGAGGAUAUUUGUUUGAGGGUCAUCUAACGGUUGAUAGAGAGCCACCACAGCCUCAAUGGCUUGUUCAAGCAAAUCUUUUGAACGCUGCAGCUUCACUCUUGCCAGCUGAAUCUUCUUCCCAAUCAAUAGCAGCUGCACUUGAAGAUGAGAACCCCUCUGAUCCUGCAGCUGCCAGUCUAAUUCAAUCCCUCAUGGAAAAUUUAGAUGAUUUUCUACUACCGAUAAUGGAGGAUGACAGAGCAGCACCGAGAGUGCCACCAGCUAGUAAAGAAGUAGUGGCCAAGCUUCCAAUCGUCACCAUUACAAAAGAGGUAUUGGAGAAGCUUGAUAAAGAGGCAGAGUGUGCCAUUUGCAAAGAGAAUUUGGCUGUGAAUGAUAAGAUGCAAGAGUUGCCUUGCAAUCACACUUUCCACCCUCCAUGCCUAAAGCCAUGGCUGGAUGAGCACAAUUCUUGUCCGAUAUGUCGACACGAGUUGAAAACCGAUGAUCAUGCGUAUGAGAGCUGGAAGGAGAGAGAAAAGGAGGCUGAAGAAGAGAGGAAAGGUGCUGCCAAUGCUCUUCGUGGUGGUGAAUACAUGUAUGUUUAGAGCAACAUUUGCUCAUCUGUGUUAAUGUUUUUUUACUCAACCCUUUAUAAAUUAACAGUUGUGGUACUUUUUCUUAAAUCUUCUUACCUGUCAUAUAAUAUAAUUCUUGAGCACAUGUGUAUUCUGGUUCUGAGUUCUAUUUGAUAUUGCAAGAAGAGAAUCAUUGGACUGGCUUCCCAUUUCAUACAACCAGACCAUGAGUUCAAAUGUGUUUGUAUUUAUAAGGCCAAUGUUCUAUUGAGUUGAACUAUAUUUGAGAGUCAGUAUGUUGAAAUCCAAUAGAAAAGUCAUGAGUCUUUUUAUUGUAAACAAAGGAAUAGAAUCUAGAUUUAAUUUCA